AUGAAUACCGCUGCCUUCUCCUUUACGCCUCUCGAGUGUCUGCUGCUCUACCAGUCCGUCUGCCAGCGUGGCAUUGAUUCCGAAGCUUUUGUCCAGAUCUCGGCCACCCUCCGAAACAAUAGCUACAUUCGCAGCGACAAAAGCUAUAAUGCCGACCGAUUGAGCUCCGAGUCGCUUCAGCAGUUCUUCCUGCAUUUGUUGCGGGAAGAGCUGAAAGUCGAGGAUCAAUACCGGAGCAAUGGGGGCACUUCGCCGGCUUCCGGAUCUGCAGCGAAUUCCGGCGCCGGGAACCUCUCUCCAAACUCCAAGAAGCGCAAGCUGCCCAGUCCAACCCUCUUAGCACUGACCGAUUUGUACCACCAUUUUGAAAUCCUGCCUGUGCUAGGAUUUCGUCUGUACAAUCACUACCGAAGCAGCCUUUGCGAUUCGAUCCACGACGAUGAACGCAAGAUCGGGAAGCUACAGGCCGAUAUCCGGGAUCUCGAAACAGAAGAAGAGAAGGAGAAAGAGAAAGAAGGACGGGAAAGACAAGCGAAAGUGGUCUCCGCAAAUGCUGUGAAGAGUCCGACUGGCACCAACGGGACGACUUCGGCCGCUCCGCUAGCAACAGCACCUCGACUGGCAGAUGGCAAAGCACAGAACGAUGACGUACCGAAGCCACCACCCGCCGCAACGCCCGCCGCGACAAUCCUGCCAGCUGCAGGAACUCAGCAACAGCAGCCCACUCCGCCUGCAAAACCACAAAGUGCUCCUUCAUCGACUACUACACCAGACGCCCAGAAACCUCCGCCUUUAGAGACCUUUCCACUAGCUGCACCACAUACCAUAACGGAGAGUGUUCCCCUUCCAACAGAGAUAUCCCAGACUCGACCAUCACCACCUCAACCCCAUCAAACAACCACACCUACACCAGGGUCGGGACCUGUUGUUCACAUCCCUCAAACUCCACAGCCAAGGCCUUCUUCCAAACAUCCGCCCGCACCUUUACAGCCUCAAGGAACUGCUACACCUUCACCAGCAGGACUUGUUGCUUCUAUCGCACCUGGCCCGGUUAGCAAACCACGCAGCCAAACACCACCGGACGUACAACCAGGAACGGCAGAGAAGGCACCGAUCCCGAUACAGUCGGCACAGGCCCUUACCGCACCACAGAAACCGCUUCCACCCCAACAGCCGGCUCAACAGCCAUCACAAUCGACCGGCCAGGUCAAACUGCCACCCCCAGCUGCGGCGCAAGGUCCAACACAGCCAUCUACGCCUACUCCUCGGGCUGGCUCUGGAUUUCCGAAACCUGUUCCGGCUUCUGCUCCUGCUCCCCUACCCGUGCCACAUGCUGCUCUGCAGCCGCCAACACAAACAGCGACACCACAGAUAUUAGCAGAAGUGCGGACAGAAGCCCCGCGCUAUGUUCUACCCCCUGUGAAGCCAUCACACAUCUUGAUCCAGCCUCAGCCAGACCGACAUGCACAUGCACAGCGCCAAGGUUCUCAUGUAUCUGGUGUGCUCCAAGAGUCUGCCCCACCCGCCACAACCUCUCCAGCUCCCUCAACUUUGACCAAAGGAAUACCUGCUCCACAUACCAACCGAUCAUUACUGCCCCAGCAUGUGCAGACGCCUGGCAGCUCGGUGACGCCGACACCGUCACAGUCACAACCAUCACGCCCCCGUUUGCCCCACACGCCGGGACACGUGUCGUUGGCAGGCUUCCUUCCUCGCGGAAGCGGCACGCGGUGGAAGUCAAACGAGCCUACACCGUCUACGCCUGGACCAGAUGUAGGCGGCAUAGCUAGUCCGGCGUAUGAGCCGCUAAGCCCAGUGAUGGGUUCAAGCAGCCGAUCGAUGGGAGCUGAGUCGACACAACGACACCAUCGACAGCCAAAGAGGCCACAAACAACAGGGAGUCGGCCCCGUGGUCGGCCACCGCGGAAUCCCAAACCGCCGGUAGAUCCAGUGGCCGAAAGUGGGCACACGACACAUCCCAACAUCAAGCACGAGGCCUCUACACCUAGGGCAUUUGACGACAUUGGCGAGACGACGGCGGAGGAGGGCGGUGCGGCGAAUGAGUCUUCGACAGCAUCGCCCAGUGGACUCUCAACGAGGCCGCUCAAGAGAAAGCGCGAAGACUCGGUGGACUUCGCGUCGCCCGACAAGUCGACGCUGUCGUCGCUGAUGCGGCGACGACUACUAGGCCCGGCGGUACCUCCUACGCACGUGCUGUGGAUGAGAGGCUUUCCCAAGAUCAGCGCCUCGGCGUUGGAUCAGAUCAGCAGCCACCGCAAUGCUAACAUGUUCGCGCACAAGAUCCGAGACCGGGACGCGCCGGGCUACGACAGCAUCGUGCGGCACCCGGUGGACCUGAAAAUGGUGCGAAUGGCGAUCAUGCAGGGAAACAAGGCGGCCACAGCGGCGGCUGCAGCGCUGCCAGAGUCGGAGCAGUCUAGCAGUAGCAGCUUGUGGCUGCCGAUUAGCGAGGAGCUGGUGCCCCCGCGCGGCAUCAUCAACAGCAGCCAGUUAGAGUGCGAGCUAGUGCACAUGUUUGCCAACGCGAUCAUGUACAACCCAGAUUCACACCGCGGGCCCGGCCCGACUUUUAUGGAGAGCGAGGCGACGGAAGAGGAGACGGGGACGACCGACGUCAGUGGCAACAGCGCGCGUUACAAGGUGGACGAAGACGGCGUGGUGAACGACACUCGUGGGAUGUACAUUGAGGUGGAGAAGCUUCUUAGCGAGAUGCGCUCGGCCGAGAGGCAGCGUGGCGUGCCGCAGCCGCCGCCUAGUGCUAGGGGGCUCGGUCUGUCCGUGGAUGGAGGAGGUGGGGGAAGACGACUGGAGGUGGGUGCAGACGUCGAGAGGAACGGGGAUGCGGAUGCAGAACCGGACGUGGACGAUGGAGAUGGUGCAGACGCGACGGAGGACGACGAAGCCCACGGCCCCCAGGACGGCGCAGAAGAUGAAGCUGAAGGGUCUGCGGCCGAUGGUGGCGACAGCUCGGGUACGAAGAGACGGCGUCUCGCACAAGGCCUAUAG